CUCUCCAAAGAGGAUGGCCAGAUCCAUUUGCUAGAAAACAACAGUUUCUGAAGCUCUGCAGCGCUCUUGAUUACGUUUUGCAACGCCAUCUCCAACCAUGGGAAAAGAGAAGACUCAUGUUAACGUGGUGAUUAUCGGCCACGUUGACAGUGGGAAAUCCACCACCACCGGACACCUGGUCUACAAGUGUGGAGGAAUUGAUCAAAGGAGGCUGGAGAAAUUUGAGAAGGCUGCGAAUGAAAUGGGGAAGAGCUCCUUUAAAUUUGCCUGGGUGCUGGACAAGCUGAAAGCUGAGCGGGAGCGAGGAAUCACCAUCGAUAUCACGCUGCUGAAGUUCAACACCCAGAAAUACAUCAUGACUGUAAUUGAUGCUCCAGGCCACCGUGACUUCAUCAAAAACAUGAUAACUGGGACGUCACAGGCUGACGUUGCCCUCCUGGUGGUCUCUGCAGCCAAAGGAGAGUAUGAGGCCGGCGUGUCUCGGAGUGGUCAGACCAGAGAACAUGCCUUGCUGGCUUAUACUCUAGGUGUGAAGCAAAUCAUAGUCUGUGUGAACAAGAUGGACCUGACCGAGCCACCUUACAGCCAGAGCCGCUUCGAGGAAGUGAUGCGAGGGGUGAGCGGCUUCCUCCGGAAGAUUGGCUACGACACCACGGCUGUGCCCUUCGUUCCAGUUUCAGGCUGGACUGGGGAGAACAUGAUCACCGCAUCUCAAAGGAUGCCGUGGUUUCAAGGCUGGAAGGUGAGACGAAGGGAAGGGAAUAAAAGUGGGAAGACGCUGCUUGAAGUCCUGGACUCUAUUCAGCCACCUGUGCGCACAGUCAACAAGCCACUACGAUUACCUCUGCAGGAUGUCUACAAAAUUGGAGGAGUUGGGACGGUGCCAGUGGGUAAAAUUGAAACUGGUGUCCUGAAGCCUGGCAUGAUGCUGACGUUCUCCCCUGCCAAGCUCACUGCAGAGGUCAAGUCUAUUGAGAUGCACCACCAGGGGCUGGAGACGGCUCUGCCCGGCCACAAUGUUGGCUUUAACAUCAAGAACGUGUCCGUGAAGAACCUGCGGCGUGGGGACGUGGCUGGGAACGCUCAGCAGGAUCCUCCUUCAGAUGUUAAAAGCUUUGACGCUCAGGUGAUAAUCCUGAACCAUCCAGGGAAGAUCAAAGCAGGCUACUCCCCAGUUCUGGACUGCCACACAGCCCACGUCACCUGCCGUUUCACUGAGCUGAAGGAGAAGCUCGACCGCCGCAAUGGCAAGAAGCUGGAGGACCACCCGCAGAUCCUCAUGUCUGGAGAUGCGGCCACAGUCAGACUGGUCCCCAUCAAGCCCAUGUGUGUGGAGAGCUUCUUCACAUACCCUCCUUUAGGUCGCUUCGCGGCGAGAGACCUGAAGCAGACGGUCGCUGUAGGAGUCAUCAAGUCAGUGGAAAAAAACCACGGCUCAAAACUUCACAAAGCUCAAGUUUGUAAAUAAGUUUUUGGUUUACCAGAGGUCUGGUAAUGCUGCUUCAUGGGAAGAGUUUUAUUUGAUGAAAUGUAUUUGUGUUGUGACACAAAAAGCUUAUGUUGUCUUUAAAGUGUAUAGUAUUCCUGUGUUGAUAAACCCAGAAGUAGAGUUUGGUUUGUUUUUUGGUUUAAAAUUGAAUGUCUCAAAAUAAAAUGGUGUGGAGAAGAA